CUCGAAUUGCCUAUCGGAACUGAAUGCAAGUACAUUUGAAGAUCUGCCAGACUUAGAAACUGUAGACGUUAGAGGGAAUUUCAUCUCACAAAUCGAUCGUCAUGCUUUCCGACGAACUCCUUCAUUGACGAAAGUACUACUUCUGGAGAAUAAUAUCACCCGAAUAAACUCCAGCACGUUUGCAAACCUUAAUACCGUGGAUGAACUAAACCUCAGUUUCAAUCCAAUGGAAACAAUAGAAUCCGGGGCAUUUAUUAACAUGACAAAACUACGUCAACUUCACCUAGUAAGAGCAAAGCUAAAGCGGAUUCAACCAAGGUCAUUUGACGGACUCCUGUCGUUAAAACAACUAUCUACCGAUGAUUACCGUUUGUGCUGCUUGUUUACAAACAUCACCUGUUCUGUCAUCAACCCAACGCCUCUGGACUCCUGUUCCCGUUUGACGAAUAACGAUGUCCUCAGCGUAGCAGUGUGGUUUAUUGGGUUUGGCGCCCUCGUCGGUAACCUCUUAGUUAUUUUCAUUCGUUCUAGAGAGGACAGGUACCAUGGAAACAGUGUUCAGAGACUGUUCAUCACGAACCUAGCCUUUGCGGAUUUUCUCAUGGGUGUGUACAUGGUGACCAUAGCAUCGGCCGAUAUUUAUUACGGCGACCGAUACUAUCUCUCGGCACCUCUCUGGAAGGAAUCAUCUCUUUGUCGGUGGGCAGGGUUCGUGGCGCUUUUGUCCAGCGAGAGUACGGUGUUCCUGCUUGCUCUGAUCACCCUCGAUCGUUUCAUCUGCAUCACCUUUCCUUUCGGAACAGUGCGGUUCCGUCCUAAGUCGGCGCAGAUCUGCGUUGCUGUAGUAUGGAUGGUGACUUUCAGUCUCAGUUUCGCACCCACCUUGACCGGUUUGACGGGUUCUUCGAUUUACGGCCUUUCCGACGUUUGUAUUGGCCUCCCGUUUAAUACCUAUACAGAACGUAAUGGUUACAUCACGUUUCAUUCCGAAAGAGAAGUAUACGAGUUCUUCGUCGAUGGAGAAUCUAAACAACGUCCCUACUGGUUGUACUCCAUCGCCCUUUUCUUGGGUGUUAAUUUCAUUCUUCUAAUCCUGAUCUUCUUCUGCUACUUAGUGAUCUUUCUCCAAGUACGAAGGUCUGCAAAGAUCACUGGAUCAGAGAGGAUGAAGCGAGAGAUGCGCAUGACUGCCAAGAUGGCGCUGAUCGUCGGUACGGAUUUAUGUUGUUGGAUGCCAGUCAUCAUCAUGGGAAUCUUGUCUCAGACAGGAGUGAUCGACCUACCGGUGUCCCUGUACGCAUGGGCAGUGGUCUUUAUCUUACCCAUAAACUCCACUGUAAACCCAUACCUUUACUCCUUCGUGGCUCUCUGCUCCCAUAAGAAGGACAGGUUUCCACUUUCUCGUGUCGGCGUGAAUGAUCCUCAUAUGACUGAUUUAGCUAAGACACAUAAAAUGAAACAUGACGAAUGAUUGUAAAGAUCAAAACAUACAGAUCGUUCUGAGAAAUCGCAUAAUACGAGUAGGAUGAAUCGGUACUCACCACAUGGUCUACAUUCAUUUAGUCUAA